AGGUCAUACGAAAAGUUAAAUAAAAUGUUUGCGAUUCGAUGUGUACUCGUGUUCCUACUCGCGGCAGUGGCUUCCACCCGUGGAGCUAAUAUUUUGGGACUCUUCAGCAGCCACAGUCCCUCGCAUCUGAUCAUCCACAUGUCGGUGGCCAAGGCUCUGGCCGAAGCUGGACAUAAUGUGACCGUGGUGUCGAUGAUGGAGCCCAAGAUUAAGCACAAGGACAUCACUCUGAUUGUGAUUCCAAUGGACGAGGAACAGGAGCUCAUUUUGGAGAACCAAAUGACCGAAAUGGCCGGUCAAAAGAACUCACUCGUCAGCACUAUGAAUCGCCUUCUAAAUGACAUGGAUGUGAUGAUUAAAGCCCAGGCUGAUUUGCUUUCCGAUCCGAGGUUCCAGCGCAUUUACGAGACAAAAUUUGAUUUGAUGAUAUUGGGUUAUUUUAUAAACGAUUUCCAAUUGGCAGUCGCACACAAGUUAAAGGUGCCUGUGAUCGUUGACUGGAUGUCGGCGCCUAUCCCCGCUAUUGAACAGUUUGUGGGUAAUCCCUCGGAGGUUGCGUACGUGCCCAUUUUAGGCACUGCUGUAUCGCAUCCCAUGGGCUUAUUUAAUCGGAUCGAGAACUUGGCCAAGUCUUUGCUUUUUAAAGGCAUAUUUUUCGCGUUCGAUAUUAAAUUAACACGCAUUUAUAAAGAAGUCUUUCCGGAAAAGGAUCAGCCGUCUCUGAGUGACUUAAGGAAGAAUAUCUCCAUGGCUUUUGUCGGCUCCCAGUUGAAUAGUGAGGGUCCCAUUCGACCCCUUGUUCCUGCCAUCAUAGAAAUCGGAGGCAUUCAGAUUAAGGAUAAGCCGAAUCCACUACCCAAGGAUAUUGAUGCGUUUUUAAACCAAUCUACCCAUGGUGCUGUAUUUCUGUCACUCGGAUCCAACAUCAAGAGUUCCGCGGUGAAGCCGGAAAUCAUUCAGACCAUCUUCAAAGUACUAUCAGGUCUGAAACAGAGCGUUAUCUGGAAAUGGGAGGAUCUGGAGAACACACCUGGAAAUGCGUCCAACAUUCUCUACAAGAACUGGCUGCCCCAAGACGACAUAUUGGCCCAUCGGAAGACCAAACUCUUUAUUACACAUGCUGGAAAGGGAGGCAUCACCGAGUCCCAAUACCAUGGAGUACCUAUGGUGGCCUUACCUAUUUUCGGGGAUCAGCCCGCAAACGCUGCUGUAAUGGAAAAAUCGGGAUAUGGCGUGGCUCUCGAUUUGCUGACCAUCACGGAGGAUAGUCUGAGGGAGGCCCUGAAAGAAGUCUUGGAAAACGAGAAGUAUAGUCAAGCUGUUGGCAAGUUCUCCGCUCUGUACAGGGAUCGACCUCUGACCGCAAAACAAUCGGUGGUUUUCUGGGCGGAGUACGUCCUGAGGCAUCAUGGAGCCCCACACCUGCAGAGUCCGGCGGUGCACAUGAGUUUCAUUGCGCUAAACAAUCUGGAUAUCUACACGCUGAUUUUAACGAUAUUUGUCUUGUUUAUUCUUCUAACCCGACUGGUUGGAAAAUUGAUUUGGAAAAAGAUUUGGGGGAAGGCAAAAAUCUCUGAGUCUAAGAAGAAACAAUAAAUUAAAAAAUUAUCGAACUAAAAAUUAAAUUAAGAACUAUAUUUUUAUAAUAAAAGAAAUUGUACAUUGUAAUAAAAUCAUAAUGAGAAACCA